UUAAGUGGCACCGUAAAUCUGGUCUUGUAUAGCAUGCUUUCAUUCUGUAAUACGGCAUGCGAAAAGUUUAAUCAUGAGGUUAUUUUAUAGCUUAAGUAGUAUCCUUUAACGCAAGUAUUCCUUUCGACUAAAUACGGUCUUAAUAAAACAAUAUCGUGGUCGAGAGCAGGAGCCAGAACUGCAUUUCCCAGAAGUCCCCCGUGGGAUUUCUAAAGAGGGUUAGAAGCAGUUGCUCCGGAGGGACGGGGGGAUUAAGGGACAGGAGAAAGUCGAGAGGGAGGGAGUAAGAGAGAGGGAGAAUGCCGCUGAGGAAACAGGACACGGAGAAAGCCCUGCGCUUGAUGGAGGAGUGUCAGUCGGAGACCGGCGACGAGGGGUUCCGGGCUCGGGCCGAGAAGCUCCUGAACAUCUUCCAGAGCGACCUCUUCCAGGCCCUGCUGGAUAUCCAGGAGUUCUAUGAAGUGACUGUGUGUGAGAGUCGGCUGGUGGGUCGACCUCGGACUCCUGUGCUGAAAUACCGGUACCAAGAUGAGGACACGCCCCCUAUGGAGCACAGCCCGGCUCACCUGGCCGGUCAGGUGAAGAACCCAGAGCUGGUCCAGGUGUCUGAGAAGAACCUCUCGCCCAUCGACAACGUGCACGGCUACACGCCACACACCCACCUCUCCCCCAUGAAGCCGGUACUUCUCUCUGCCGGCCAGACCCCCCUCUACACCUCCGCUGCCUCCACACUGGUGAACGGGACAGAUGGAGAGGUGGAGUAUGAGGAGAUCACGCUGGAAAGGGGUAAUUCUGGUUUGGGGUUCAGCAUUGCAGGGGGCACAGACAACCCCCAUGUCGGCGAUGACCCCAGCAUCUUCAUUACCAAGAUCAUCCCAGGGGGAGCGGCCGCCCAGGAUGGCAGAUUGAGCUUGUGUCUAGGGGAGAACAUGGGGUUAGUGAAUAAUGUGUUCAUUUUGCCUGUCUCUCUGUGUCUGUGCGUGUGUCUUUCGGUGUAUGCCUGUGUUGUACUCUCUGUCUGUGGUCUCCAUGCAUGUCCAUGUGUUUGUGCGGUUGUGUGUUUGUCUGUCCGUAUGUGUGUGCAGGUGAACAAUGUGUGUCUGGAGGAUGUGAUGCACGAGGAUGCUGUUGCUGCUCUGAAGAACACAGCGGAGGUGGUGUAUCUGAGAGUGGCCAAGCCCACCAACCUGUACCUGACUGACUCCUACAACCCCCCCGACAUCACCAGCUGUGAGUCUGACUCUUCUGACUCCUACACAUCUCUCAGGGAGCCCAGGAGAGUUCUGAUCCACAGGGGCUCCACAGGGCUGGGCUUCAACAUUGUGGGGGGUGAGGAUGGUGAAGGCAUCUUCAUCUCCUUCAUCCUGGCAGGGGGGCCGGCUGACCUGAGCGGGGAGCUGAGGAAAGGGGAUCAGAUUCUGUCUGUGAAUGGCGUGGAUCUCCGGAGCGCCACCCAUGAGCAGGCAGCCACUGCGCUGAAGAAUGCGGGUCAGACUGUCACUAUCAUCGCACAAUACAGACCGGAGGGUAGGUGCUGCCCAGCACAGCCUAAUGCAGAUCAGUCCCGUACAGCCCAUGGUAGAACAGUCCAAUGCAGCACUGAGUGGUGGCAGGCGAGGCGGAUCACCCCUGAUGGAGAGGGGGAUGAAAUCGGCUUCAUCCCCAGCAAGAGGAGGGUCGAGAGGAAAGAGUGGCCUCGGCUGAAGAUGAAGGAGAGGGACCGCAGCCGAGACAGCAUCGGAUCGCAAGGCAGGGAUGAUUUCGUCCAGAGUUACGAGACUGUCACGCAUGUUGAAGUGCACUAUGCCAGGCCCAUCAUCAUCCUCGGUCCGACGAAGGACAGAGUGAACGAUGACCUGCUCUCCGAGUUCCCUGACAAGUUUGGCUCUUGCCAGGGUAAACACUGUAUCCUGGAUGUCUCGGCGAACGCGGUGCGCAGGCUACAGGCAGCUCAGCUCCACCCCAUCGCAAUCUUUAUCAGGCCCCGAUCGCUGGAAAACAUCCUGGAGAUCAACAAGCGGCUGACGGAGGAACAGGCCCGGAAAGCAUUGGACAGAGCCAUCAAGCUGGAGCAGGACUUCAUCGAGUGCUUCUCAGCCAUCGUGGAGGGUGACAGCUUCGAGGAGAUCUACCACAAGGUGAAGACUGUGAUCGAGGAGCAGUCGGGUCCGGUCAUCUGGGUCCCGGUCCGGGAGAGACUGUGAGGCCGCCCUGCCGCCAGGCCUGCGCUGCUGCAAGAGAGGGAGGAGGAGGGAGCUGCAGAGAGAGUGCGAGUGAGCCCCUGACGAGAGGAGGAACGUCCCCUCCUCCACGGCCUCCUUCCUCUCCCCUCCUCUCCACCCCUCCCCGCCGCCUGGCCGCAGGCUGCCCUCCUCAUCACGCUUGGCGCUCGGGAGCGAGGAGCAGCAGAAGCUGCCAACCGGAGGAGAGAGCUGUCAAACAAACGGCCCUGCCCAUUCCUCUUCCUCUUCCUCUCCUUCUCUCUUCCCCCUCAUCUCUUCUCCUCCUUCUCUCCAUCUCUUCCGCUCUCCAU